AUGUGUUUAUUUGGAUAUGCACUUUCAUGGGGUCGAGGAGAUUUGGAAAAGUAUGGACCUUUUCAACUGGCAUUACAUUCAAAAUUGAUAAAAUGUGAACACGACAGGACUCUAAACUUGGAUGUUAGCGGUAUUGACGUAUAUUUUUAUGACUUCCCUAGAAACGAUGUGGAAUCUUUCACUAUCGAUAAUGCCGCAAAAGGAAUUCUCGCAUUACCGGAACUUGAUAAGGUUAAAAAAUUUAUUAUAUUUGUAGCCGGAUACAAGUCCAAUAUAAAUAAGAAAACGGAAGAGCGUGUGAGGGACACAUUCAGAAACUAUCCAAACAGCUAUUUAAUCAUAUUAGAUCACUCACCUUAUACAAAUGACAAUCAAGGGAACAUUAAAAGCUAUGAACGUUCGGUUAAAUACGUCUAUUAUAUCGGACGUGCCGUAGCUCAAUUAUUAACAGGUUUGGCAGAAGGGGGAAUAUCUCCUAAAAAUAUGCACGCCAUCGGUCAUAGCUUAGGUUCUCAAAUAUUGGGGUACGCUGGAGAAAUAUUCUACCAAAAUACUGGCAUGAAAAUAUCAAGAAUUACCGCUCUAGACCCAGCUGGACCCUGCUUUUCGAACAGCUUAAUACAGGAACAAGUAAGAUCAGGUGACGCAGAUUACGUUGAAGUCUAUCAUUGCAAUGCAGGUGGGCUGGGUACGACAAGUGUUUUGGGAGAUAUCGAUUUCUUUGUAAAUAAGAAAGGUCAAAGCCAGCCAAAGUGCAAAACACCCCUAAUACCUGGCAUAUUUGACUCAACCAAAGCUGCCAAAUGCAAUCACAGAGCCUGUAUAGAUCUCUGGACAGCAACAGUUAGUAAUCCAAAUUGGUAUUUGGCGUGGAAGUGCGAUUCAUAUAAGUUGUUUAAGAGUGGAAGUUGCGCUGGUAAUGAUGUAACAAUUGCUGGGUUUUGGAACCCUGGUAAUGCGACUGGUGUGUAUUAUUUCUCUACAGAUGGAUAUGAUGUGCAA